AUGAAUCUUAUAAAUUCUCCCAUUCUUGGUACAAAAGUAUCACUGCAUUCCUUCACCCCAAAACCCAAAGCUAUUAUCAAAAACACCCACACCAACUCUCAUAUUAUUAUCAUGCCCAAAAAACGUGUUAACUCGGACGAGUCAAACAAACUCACCACCACCACCACUGAGUUUGAUGACUCGCUGGAACCCACCACCACCAAACCAUGCUUAUGUGGAAGAAGGCACUUCAUUGAAGCUGCUGCAACUGCAACACUCACAGCAGCCACACAGUCUGCCACAGCCACAAAUUCAGAUUCUGAGUACACAGCUUUGGUUAACAAGUUUCACCCACCUAAACCUGAUUGGUAUCAAAAGUUCUUUGCUUGGGUUCUUAAUUCAUUUACUAAAUCUUAUGAAGCUGAGGUUGGUCAGUACAAGUCUCAAAUCUUCAGCAUCUUGCAGGAGAAAAAGGCUAACAAAAUCCUGGAGAUUGGCAUUGGAACUGGUCCUAACCUCAGUUAUUAUGCAAGUGAUUCUAAUGUGCAGGUUGUUGGGAUUGAUCCUAAUCCAGAGAUGGAGAAGUAUGCUCGGUCUUCUGCUACAUCGGCUGGAUUUCCACUCUCGAAUUUCGAGUUUAUACAUGCUGUUGGGGAGGUUAUACCAUUAAGUGACGCUUCCGUCGAUGCAGUUGUUGGAACACUUGUAUUGUGUUCUGUUAAAGAUGUUGAUCUGACACUUAAAGAAGUGACGAGGGUGUUGCGACCUGGUGGAGUGUAUGUGUUCGUGGAACAUGUAGCUGCAAAAGAUGGAACGUUUCUCCGAUUUUUCCAGAGAGUUCUUGAUCCGCUGCAACAGACAAUUGCAGAUGGGUGUCAUCUUUCUAGGGAAACAGGAGACAGUAUAUCAAAAGCUGGAUUUUCAAGUGUUGAGCUAGACAUGGCUUUCUUAUCAAAUGCUACAUUUGUAAAUCCUCAUGUAUAUGGAAUAGCUUACAAGUAG